AGAGUGCCGCGGACGGGCUGGGUGUACAGGAACGUGGCGAAGCCGGAGAGCGUAUCCGAUCACAUGUACAGGAUGGCGAUGAUGGCUUUGGUGAGCGAAGACAAGAGCCUUGACAAGGACAGAUGCAUACGAUUGGCUUUGGUUCACGACAUGGCUGAAUGCAUCGUUGGAGACAUUGCUCCUGCAGAUAAUAUCUCCAAAGAGGAGAAGCACCGGAGGGAAGAGGCAGCUAUGCAAGAACUGACCCAGCUUCUAUCAGAGGACCUCAGAAAAGAAAUCUAUGAACUCUGGGACGAGUACGAACACCAGCAUACCGCUGAAGCCAGGUUUGUGAAGCAGUUGGACCAGUGCGAGAUGAUACUGCAAGCGUUUGAGUACGAAGAGCUGGAAAACAGACCGGGCAGGCUGCAGGAUUUUUACGAUUCAACUGCUGGUAAGUUCGUUCACCCAGAAAUACUCCAGCUUGUAUCUCUGAUUAACGCAGAAAGGAAUAAAAAAAUAGCCGCUGCAUCUCAUCCGCAUUCCUGAGGUGUUCCUGGAUGCUGUGGCUGUAAUAAACAUUUAGUUUUACAUU